AUGAAGCUGACCGACAGCGUGCUGCGGAGCUUCCGCGUCGCCAGGGUGUUCUGCGAAAACUCGGACAAGAUUAACUGCUUCGAUUUCAGCCCCAACGGCCAGACGGUCAUCUCAAGCAGCAACGACGACUCCAUCGUGCUCUACGACUGCCAGGAGGGCAAGCCAAAGAGAACCCUGUACAGUAAGAAAUAUGGCGUGGACCUCAUCAGAUUCACUCAUGAGGCAAACACAGCUGUUUACAGCUCUAACAAAAUAGACGAUACUAUUCGUUACUUGUCCUUGCAUGACAACAAAUACAUCAGAUACUUUCCGGGACAUAGCAAAAGGGUGGUGGCCUUGUCCAUGUCACCUGUGGAUGACAUUUUCAUUUCUGGGUCUCUUGAUAAGACCAUUCGACUCUGGGAUCUCCGGGCUCCUAACUGCCAGGGCCUCGUGCAUCUGCAGGGGAAGCCGGUUUGUUCUUUUGAUCCAGAAGGGUUAAUUUUGGCUGCAGGUGUCAACUCUGAGAUGGUCAAACUUUACGACCUUCGUUCUUUUGAUAAGGGGCCAUUUACUACCUUUAAGAUGCAGUGUCAUCGAACCUGUGAGUGGACAGGACUUAAAUUCAGCAACGAUGGCAAGGUCAUCCUCAUUUCCACCAACGGCAGCUUCAUUUCUCUCAUUGAUGCAUUCAAAGGAGUGGUGAUGCACACGUUUGCGGGUUAUGCAAACAGCAAAGCUGUCACACUGGAGGCUUCGUUUACUCCAGACUCUCAGUUUAUUAUGAUUGGUUCGGAGGAUGGCAAGAUCCAUGUCUGGAAUGGAGAGAGUGGUAUAAAAGUAGCUGUGUUGGAUGGUAAACACACCGGCCCGAUUACCUGUUUGCAAUUCAACCCCAAGUUCAUGACUUUUGCCAGUGCAUGUUCCAACAUGGUCUUCUGGUUGCCCACCAUUGAUGACUCGCCCUAA